AUGGCGAAUGAGCGGCAAGAUCUAGAAUUUCCCAUUGGAUUCUCUCUCGCAUCCUACGGCUACCAGAUAAGCGUGUCGUGCAAUAUGGAUCUUUGUUGGAUUCAAACGUACCAGACUGGUCCGCCAAUGGGGCUUUUCCAACAUGUUGCCAUAUCUGCUGUGCUCUUAUGCAUGCCGAAAUUCAAGUUGUCGGGGACGUCGUAG